AUGGCAGCUGAAAAACUGUCUGCUGCUGCUGCUGCUGCUGCUGCUGCUGCUGCUGCUGCUGCUGCUGCUGCUGCUGGUACUGCUGCUGCUGCUGUUCGUGCUGCUGGUACUGCUGGUGCUGCUGGUGCUGGUGCUGCUGCUGCUGCUGGUCGUGGUGCUGCUGCUGGUACUGCUGCUGCUGGUGCUGCUGCUGCUGGUGCUGCUACUGCUGCCCCGGCAUGGGCUGCAUGUGCUCCCAUGUCGAAGCAGUCAUGGCAGCGGAAGCAGCAGGUGGGGAAGGGGCAGCUGCAGCAGCACCUGGCAUGUUGA